AUGGUUUCUACGUCUUUGCCACAAGAUGUUCCCGGAAAUGUUGAGGUAUUUGUACAAAAUACUCCAAUCAGUGAUGACGAUAGUAGCGACGAGGAACCGUUGGCGGCGAAACGUCUUCGAAUACGUCAGCAGGGAGGAGUUCCAACUUGGCGUAAGUUUGAUACGAUAUCUUCUUAUACACCUGAAGAAGUUACUGAGAUAGACCAAAGAAAGCAGUUUGUGAAAGAGGCUUUGAAAGAUUUGAAUCCUGUCCAAAUUUUUGAGAAGAUAUUUGAUGAAGAGGUUUAUAAGCUCGUUAUUUCAAGUACAAAUCUGUAUAAUGAUAUAAUGCAACGGGUACAGUUCGCGAAAAUAGAAUGA